UAAAUGCCUCGUCUCUGCCAGGGUCGCCACUUAGUCGUUCGCGAAUUUUGAACUACUUCAAAGCUGCUGAAAGUCUUGAAAAUGCGCAACACCGAUUUGUGUGCUCUUUGGACGCUUCUACUGGUCGCUGCCGCAUCCGCAACCGCAUCCGCGAGUGUCUGCCUCUAUGAGCUGGACGGAACUCGGCUGCCUGUGGCGACCCACUGCGGUCGCUUUGUGGUAUGCCAGCAUGGAGAAGUGGCUGCCAUCGGCAGCUGUCCCCGCGGACUGCACUUCAAUCGUGAGCUGGCCGAGUGCGACUUCCAGUGGCGGGCCAACUGCUUGGGCCUGUCGCCAUUCGCAGGUGCUGAUGCUAGGGCUGAUGCAGACUGCACCUGCACCUGUUGCGCCGAUGAGUGCCCGAACACUGACGAGGAUGGGCCAGGUCUGACCACAGUGGUAACAGAGCCCUGCGACACGGAGUCAACAACCACAGAACCAGACGUCACAGGCGCCACUAACCCCACUGAACCCACGAAUGAUGAUGACUCCGAUGAGACUACAGAGUCCAAUGAGAGAACGACCGAUGAGGCCACCACCGACACGAGCAAUGGUGUCCACACCACUCCGUCCUCUCCAUCCGCUGUGCCCAUCUACUGCUCCAGCCAGCGCGACGAGUGUGCCAAUGUGAGUACCAAUGCCAAGCUGGAAAUUCCCGGAGUGUGCGGAAAGUACAUCCAGUGCAGUAAUCGAUGCGUCAACGAGAUCAGCUGUCCCUCCGGCCUGUACUUCAACCCCAGCAGCGGUGACUGUGACUAUCCAUUAAACGUGGAGUGCACACCAGCGUUAGACGCGGACUCCACAGAGGAGAUUGAGGGACCCUCGGGCACCACCUGUGCCAGUCAGGGCGUUUGUGCGGGCAAGCGUGACGGAACGCUGCUCGCCGACCCCGACACGAAUGGCUACUUCGUGUGCCAAUGCCAGUGCCCCAUCGCCAUGCCCUGCGACGAGUACACCAAGUUCAAUCAGACGGCUCAGGUCUGCGAUUGGGACUGGAGCGACGAGUCGGCUGCGGUUGCCUGUCCCGAAGGUCUCGUCUUCAAUGCCACCUCAAAUGAGUGCGAUUAUCCCGAGGGCUAUGUUCCGGAAGUUGUCUGCAACGGCACCAGCACCGUGUGCCAGGGCGAGGCGGAGGGCACCCUCUUCCCUGUCGAUGGGGUGUGCAACAAAUUCUACAAGUGCAACUUCAACUGUGCCGUUGAGCAGCUGUGCCCCAACAACUUGCUCUUCGAUGCCAAAACUGAGAUCUGUGACUAUCCACAGAACGUGGAGUGCCAGUGGCCACAUACGCCGCCGUCAGGACCAAACGCCGGACCCUCGGGCAUCGCUUGCGAGAGCAACGGCCGCUGCCUGAACGCCCGGGAGGGCACCUAUCUGCCAUCCGAGACCAGUUGCAAUGGGUACGUCAUCUGCCAGUGCGAGUGCGAGGUCGAGCUGGCGUGUCCCGAAGGUCUGUACUGGGACGAGGACCUAUUGACCUGCAACUACGCCACCAAUGUCAAAUGUACUUUUUCCCUGUGGCUUGCGCUUUCGGUUCUCAUUGGAUCACUGAAUGCAGAAUGUUGCCAAGAUGGCGAGAAGAAGAUCGACGAGGAUGACUGCACCAAGUACUACGUUUGCUGCACCGGCAAGUUCGUCCAGAAGUCUUGUGACAGGGGGGAUUGGUGGAACUGGGCGUCCGGCGUGUGUGAAAAGGAUAGCGGCCAGUGCAGCUGCGGCGAGACUCCCGCCUGCACUGAAGGCGAACUGGAAGUGAAUCCUUCAGACUGCGCAGCUUUUCUCGAGUGUGUGAACGGCAUCUUUGUGAGCAAGAGCUGCCCCGCCCAGAAUUACUUCAACGUCACACUUAAUAAGUGUCUUGAGGACACCAAUGGAGUGUGCGUUGGCUGUGUGGAGGGCAGCACUGAAGCAGACUCCGAAGACUGUACCAAAUAUAAGGUCUGCUCAGGUGGAAAGCUCGUAUCCAAGUCAUGUGGCAGUGGAAACUACUGGAACGCGGCCAAUAGCAAAUGCGAAAAGGACAGCGGAGAGUGCAAUGGCAGCCCCAGCUGCACGGAGGGAGAGCUGGAGAAGGAUCCCACCGACUGCGCUGGAUACUGGAAGUGUGUCAAUGGAGACCUUGUGAGUCUGAAGUGUGCCGAUAAGUUGUACUUUAAUGUCGACCUGAAAGUGUGCACUCCUGAUACCGACGGAGUGUGCGUUGGCAGUCCAAGCUGCACAGAGGGAGAACUUAAAGUGAAUCCCGCUGACUGCGCUGGAUAUUUGGAGUGUAUCCAUGGAAGCUUGGUGGCUAGAAAGUGUCCCGACUUGAACUACUUCAAUGCCACACAGAAGAAGUGUAUUCUGGACACCGAUAACGUGUGCAUCAGCAAAGUCUGCGACCCAGAGUGCUGCGAUAAGCCCAACAAUUGGAUUGGACCCGUGGAUAAGAACUGUUCUGCCUUCAUCCAGUGCGUCUAUGGCAACAAGUUUGAGCAAAGGUGUCCGAAUAACCUUCAGUUCAACCCGCUCACGCUUGACUGUGACUUCCCGGAGAACGUGAACUGCGAGGAUGGAUCUGCGCCACCCAGCGGCCCCAAUGCCGGACCAUCUGGCACCUACUGCGAAAGCCAAGGUCGUUGUGUGGGCCAGCGGGAUGGAACCAUGUUCGGCGAUGCCAGCAAGACGUGCAGCAGCGCCUAUGUGGUCUGCCAGUGCGAGUGUGAGGUGGACUUCAACUGCAGCAAUGGAUUGCUUUAUAAUUCGCUGUUCCAGGUCUGCGAUUGGCCCGAAAACGUGGAAUGCUAAAUAAUACAAUAAACAUAUAAUUUUAACGCGCAU